AUGGUUGCUCCUGCUUAUCAUCAAGAUACCUUCGUUGAUCAUGAAUUAUCUACAAAUUUAGAUUCAUCUUAUGCAUUUGAAGGUCCAGAAAAAUUAUUAGAAAUUUGGUUUUGGAAAUCAGAAAAUGAUUUACCAAAAAAUUUUAAUGAAGGUUUAAGAUCAAUUGAAUUAAAAAAUUGGAUUAAAAUUUUAGAUUUAGUUAAUUGUAAAAUUUUAUCAAUGAAAAGUUCUAAAUUUAUGGAUGCUUAUUUAUUAAGUGAAUCUUCAUUAUUUAUUUUCCCACAUAAAUUAAUUUUAAAAACUUGUGGUACAACUACAACUUUAGCUUGUUUAGAUGAAUUAUUUCAAACAAUUUCCAAGGCAUUAAAUUUUGUCAUGUCAAGUAAAGAAAUUUAUAAAAUUUUUUAUUCAAGAAGAUCAUUUAUGUUUCCUGAAAAACAAAUUCAUGUUCAUAAAGAUUGGAAAAAUGAAGUUUCUUUAUUAAAUGAAUAUUUUAUAUGUGGUAAAUCAUAUAUUGUUGGUAAUUUUGCAAGUGAUGAUCAUUGGUAUCUUUAUUUUGGUGGUAAAGAACAAGAUAAUCAUUCAAAUUGUAAACAUCAUCAAUUAUCAUUAGAUCAAACAUUUGAAAUUUUAAUGACCGAAUUAAAUCCUAAUUGUGCAAAUAAAUUUAUUUAUUCAAGAAAACCAGGUGAACAAUCUGAAGAUGGAAAUUCAGAUUUAGGUCAUGAAUUAGGUAUGGAAACAAUGAUUGAAACUGAAUUAAAUUGUAUUUUUGAACCAAUUAAUUUAAAUACUCAUUUACCUUCACCAUCAUUAUCUGAAUCAUCAGAAGAAGAAUCAGAUAUAGAAAUUGAAGAAAAAAAUUACAAGACUAAUAAUAACAAUAACACAUCAUCAGCAAUAACUACUACUACUGCAAAUACGGAUUUUGAAUUUAUUCAUGAUGCAUUUGCUUUCACUCCAUGUGGAUAUUCAUCAAAUUCAAUUUGUUCAAAUAUCAAUGGAGGAUAUUAUUAUACUUUACAUAUUACACCAGAAUCGGGUUGGAGUUAUGCAUCAUUUGAAACAAAUUUUCCUUUCAAUGAUUCAAUAUCAAUCAACACGGUUUUAAAAAGAAUUUUGAAAAUUUUUGAUCCAAAAAAAUUUUCAAUGACUUUAAUUAAUGAAAAAAACAAAUUUAAAUUAAAAAAUUCAGCUAUUUCAUCAAUUAACAAUGAUAUUAAUGAUGAUGAUGAAAUUUUUAAUUUAUUGGGGUAUGAAAAAAAUGAAAAAAUAAGUUAUGAUUUAAAAAAUGAAUAUGAUUUAUUAUAUAUGAAUUUUGAAAAGAAAAAUAAUCAAAUUUAA